CUCCGAGAAAGGUAUGAGAAAUGCCCGGUUGCGAUCUAGUCGAGCAAGCCCUCUCGGAUGAACCAACAACGCUUUUGUCUACCAAGCCAAGAGCUUAUCUUUUCCCCGAGACCUCGACUUUGACCAGCCGGAUCCAAUGUAAAUGUUUGGAACGGAAAGCGGCGAGUUGUCAAUAUCAAUGGAAGAAUGGGAGAAUGGCAAUCCAGUGAAAUUCGGCCGCCAAAGUCCCAUCCCAUAUGCACAGUCAUUUCCUCGUCUCCUCGUCUCUACCUCAUCUCCGCCUCGGGCUCAGGGUCCUCUUUGUAUUGGACCUACAGUAGUGACGGGGAGUCGACCCGGCAGUGAAGAUCACCCGAAGACGGUACGAGAUGGCAAUCCAGGGUCUUUGGUUCAGCAUCAAGUUUUAGGUAAACGAUACGGAUCCCAUGUACAUCACCUACUACUCAUGUCACGUCGCGAGUAAGGUAAUCAAUCAGUCCCACCGACAGACUGCGCUAUCCUGAGAUUUUCAACACCAACACCGGCGCCAACACGGACAGCACGGACAAGGUCUUCGUCCCUGAGCGCCCAAGGCGCCACACGAGAUCGCCGAUCCGAACUGGUCUUUUCUAUUCCGACCUAACAUUUAGCCUCGACUGAAAGAUCCGUCGACAAAUGGGGAAGAGACUACAGAGAGGCAGAUAGGUCGCCAGCCGGCCAGCCGGCCAAAGAUAUAGUAGUUACACCAAGAAGUCCUGUCGGAGGGAAUCGUGGCCAAGCUGUUGACGCGCGUGUGGCUCAGCCAGGUUUCACACAAGUUCCCGUGGGUCAUACCAUGAGUCUUUAGAAGGUUGGUAUAAUUCUCAGUUAACGGUUCGGAGGAUCCAGGUAACAUCACGUAGCCGUAAUAAGGAGUUACGUCAGUGUACUGUAAAGGUGGUGAUCAAGAAUGGAGUCACAGGCAAGAUGAAGCAGAUGUGUGGCAGCAAUGUGUAAAUUGUUGAUCAAUAGACCAAACUUCUAAAUUGUACAUGAAUUGUUGUGAGGA